UCCAAACCCAGCUUCCUCACCAAGCUUUCACUCUGUCUCUCUCUCUCUCUCUCUCGCUCUCUCUCGUCAAUGGCUCGAAACAAGGAGACAUUACUAUUGUUGCUCGAUGUGGGACCGUCGAUGCACAGUGUUCUUCCUGAAGUUGAAAAGGUCUGCUCCUUGCUAGCAGAGAAAAAGCUUAUAUACAGUAAAUAUGAUGAAGUGGGUGUUAUUUUGUUUGGAACUGAAGACACAAAAAAUGAGCUAACGAAAGAAGUCGGUGGAUAUCAAAAUGUAGUGGUGUUACGAGAUACCAAAGUUGUUGAUGGAGAUCUUGUUGAAGCUUUACAACAGCUCCCUCGGGGAACUCGUGAUGGUGAUUUUCUUGAUGCUAUUAUUGUUGGGAUGGAUAUACUGAUAAAGAAGUUUGGAGAAACAGACAAAAAAAAGAAACGUAUUUGCCUCAUAACAAAUGCACUGUGUCCGAUUAAAGAUUCAUUUGAAGGAACAAAAGAAGAUCAAGUCAUUACCAUAGCUGAACAAUUGGCUAAACAUGGUAUGGGAAUGGAAAGUAUAGUUGUGAGGGGAAGGCUUGCCGGGGAUGCAAAUAAGAGAAUAAUGGAAGAAAAUGAUGUUCUAUUGAAUAUAUUUUCACAGAAAACAUGUGCAAAGUUGGUGUAUGUCGAGAGUCCAACAUCAUUGUUUGGUGCGCUAAGAACUCGAAAUAUAUCUCCAGUUACAAUAUUCAGGGGUGAUCUUGAACUCAGCUCCAAAAUGAAGAUUAAGGUAUGGGUGUACAAGAAAACGUCAGAAGAAAAAUUUCCCACUUUGAAGAAAUAUUCUGACAAAGCACCUCCAACUGAUAAAUUUGCCACCCAUGAGGUCAAAGUAGAUUAUGAGUACCGAAGUGUUGAAGAUACUAGUAAAGUUGUACCUCCAGAAGGAAGGAUUAAAGGAUAUCGUUAUGGACCUCAAGUAGUUCCCAUAGCACCUUCAGAAUGGGAUGCUGUCAAGUUCAAACCAGAAAAGAGUGUAAAACUUCUAGGAUUUACUGAUGCAAAAAACAUAUUGCGACAUUAUUACAUGAAAGAUGUCAAUGUUUUCAUUGCUGAUCCGGGCAAUACAAGGGCAAUUCUUGCAGUUUCUGCCCUAGCAAGAGCGAUGAAAGAGAAAAAUAAGGUGGCAAUUGUGCGUUGUGUUUGGAGAAAUGGGCAGGGGAGUGUUGUUGUGGGGGUUCUGACACCCAACGUUUCUGACAAAGAUAAUACUCCUGAUUCCUUUUACUUUAACGUGCUUCCCUUCGCUGAGGAUGUUCGAGAAUUUCAAUUUCCCUCCUUCAACAAUUUCCCGGCAUCAUGGCAGCCUAAUGAACAACAGCAAGAGGCUGCAGAUAAUUUGGUCAAGAUGCUUGACCUGGCACCAUCUGGCAAAGAGGAAGCACUGCAGCCUAACUUUACACCAAAUCCUGUUCUGGAGCGGUUUUAUCGUUAUCUUGAAUUGAAAUCAAAGCACCCAGAUGCAGCUGUACCUCCGCUUGAUGAAACUCUCAAGAAGAUGACCGAACCUGAUCCAGAAGUACUUUCUCAAAACAAGUCUGUUAUUGAUGCAUUUCGCAGGAAUUUUGAACUGAAAGAGAAUCCAAAGCUGAAGAAAUCAACUCGGCGAUUUUUGCAAGAAAAACCAUCUGGAUUGAAAGAGGGAGAAGGUUGUGGCGACAUUGCUGCUCAACCUGUUGAUUCCAUUAAAGAUACAUCUGUAGUUAAGGUUGAGAAUAUUGGGAAUUUGACGCCUGUACAAGAUUUUGAAAACAUGAUGUCAUGUAGAGAUGGUCCAGAAUGGAUUGGUAAGGCAAUCAAGGAUAUGAAGAAGAGAAUAUUUGACUUGGUGGAGGACUCCUUUGAGGGGGACAAUUAUCCUAAAGCACUUGAAUGUCUAGUUGCCCUUCGCAAGGGUUGCAUCCUUGAGCAGUUUUUCCUAUGCAGGAACCAAAACAUUUCAAUGAUUUUCUACACCAUCUUUGUAAAUUCUGCCAAAAGAAUAACCUUAAUUGUUUCUGUGAAUUUCUUGCAUCCAAAGAACUCACCCUGAUCUCCAAGACAGAAGCCAUCGACAGUGAAGUUACAGAUGAUGAAGCUAGAAAUUUUCUGGUUAAAUCAGAGCCAAAAACUGUGUGAGGACUCAAGUGGAUCUCCGUUCUUGUAGUUUUCUACCAUGUUGAUGCUAAUCACAUUUGUGUAUAGACGCCCAAGUUUUGUUAAGAAAAUGGGGAUUAAAUUGUAAAUGUCCCUCAAAUCUUCAAUUUUGGAAUCUGCUUCAACCAUGAAAGCUUUUUAUGGAAACACAUAAUGAAGAUGAAUGUUUAUAAUUAUUUCCUUUUUCUUUA